AUGGCAGUGGUGCCCCCUCGAGGAUGUGAGCAUUGUGCAGGAAGCCGGGCAAAGGUGUUGGACACCUUGGCACUGUCUAUGAACGUAACGAGCUUGACGAAGGCUGAAUUGGAUACGGCAACGCUAUCACUCAACAUCCGAGCCGACGACGACUCUACCGCCGAGUCCAUCCAGACCGUUUUAUGGAUCUUAGUUGUGCUCUCAGCAGUCUUCUUGGCUUUGAGAUUAUACUGCAAGAUAUCAUAUUCCUACACCAAAUUCCGUUUUGAAGAUGCGCUACUGGUAGCUUCUUGGGUCGUUCUUGCCACAGAUGCUUCUCUGAAUGAGUUUAUUAUCAAGUCACGGUUUGGACGGGCUGGAUUUCCUCUGACCAUCGAGAAUAUAUCGACGUUAGCAGUCGUCGGUCUGUCUUCCAUCACAUGCUCAUUUGUUGGACAAGUCUGGAGCAAAACAGCAUUUGCUAUAUCGCUUCUGCGGAUGUGCGAUGGUUGGAAGAAGGCCUUUGUUUGGUUCUCCAUAAUAUCGAUGAACUUGCUCUUCGCCUUUGCGUCACUCUCUUUUUGGAUUGGUUGUGUGCCUCUGGAAAAGAGAUGGCAACCAUUCGGCCCCGGAACGUGUUACGACUUGAAAUGGGUGGUAUCUUUUGGAAUAUUUGUCAGCAUUUAUUCUGGUCUCCUGGAUCUAGCCCUCGCUGCCAUUCCUUGGUUGAUUCUAAUGCGCCCAACGCCGGCGGAAGAGUCAUCUGGAAUCACCUUGAGCAAGAAAGAAAAGAUUGGUGUGUCAGUGGCUCUUAGCAUGGGUGUGCUGGCUGGCGUUGCGGCGUUUGUGAAAGCAUCUUUCAUGCAAUCUGUGACUGAUACGACGGGAGAUUUUUCUCACGGCGGAGCUCAGUUGGCUGUGUGGGCUGCGGCUGAGACAGCAAUAACAAUUAUGGUGGCUACUCUCCCGGUACUGCGAGUUCUUCUCCGUGAUACGGCGGUAAGAACUCGGUACCUACCAGACGCAAUCAAAAUGAGAGUCAGGAAAUCUACAAGACGUUCAGAACGAGUUUCAGCAAGAUCCGCAGAGAUACCUGAGGAUAAACUGCGUCUUGCAUCAUCGGGGGCCUCAAUGUCGACUGCAGGAGCAUCUUCAUCAUCCUCCGGAUCUUCAUCUGCAGAUUCGCAGAGAACUCUGGUUUCAAAGGGCGCAAAAUAG